CCCGGUAGGAUCAAGCGUCGCUCUCAUCGCGUCUGGAUGAACAAAAAAUCUUCGUCAAAAAUCUGUGAUAUUUGAAAGACUUUGGAUGUUUGAAGGGGAAGUCAUAUGAAGCUUCAAGAUACGUCUGAAACGCAAGCUAUAAAUUUGGGGGGUUGGAAAAGUCCCAAGGAAUAUAUAUUGAAGUGUAAUUAAGAAAACCGCACUUUAGGCUACUGGAACAACAAUGAUCUCUUUAAAUCAGAUGGAAAACAGAGGAUAUCAGAAGGAAGGGCACUGUUCCACCUCCGACCCUGACCAGAGUAUAUACCCAGCCGCGCCAUUCACUCACCAGGUGGACUUGUCGCACCCUCGGGCCACGUGCACCUGUGAGGAGAAUCAGAACACUUGUACAUGUGGAUCAUCCUCCCCUGCCAAGCCUAAGUCCAAGGUUGAACUUCUGACUUGGGUGCAACCAAAGGGUUGGCUGCUCUUAGCCCUUGGCUUGGCCUUCGUAGCCUGGUGUGCUAUCUUCUUCACACUGCUGAAUCUGGACAUGAUCUAACAUGAUCGAACUAAAAAGCAACCGAGUAGAAAUAUUUAAUUAUUUUCGCGAGUGUUAGGCUAACAAAGUUAGAGCUUUGCAACUGUUAAUGUCACCAUUAAUAUAUACGUAAACAAAUAAAAACAAACUGAGAAUAAAUGUUAAAUUAGGCCUGGAUAAUGGCUCAUUCAGCACCAGACUGUCUAACUACUGGCGUUAAUCCAGUUCAAGUUAUUUUGGAAAAUGAAACAUGCGUGAAGGAUUUUCAGUGUACUGAUAAACCAACAACAAAUAUUGAAAUAGCCAAAACGGUAAUGGAACAAACGGAAGAAUUGAAAUCCAAGACUCGCCAAAGCCCCUCGGUGCAAGAUGACCCCAAAAACGGCUCAUUAUUCACAGCAAUAAAUGAAAAUCAUGGCGAGAUUGGUGACAUCGGCCAGACAACCAAUCAUGGGGAGAUUAGAGACAUCAGCCAGGCAACCAAUCAACAUGACAGCGCGGUGCCUGUGUGCCAGUCUUGCCAACACUUGUAUGGCAAGACCAGUACAGUUGUCCUCACGCCCUCUACCCUCUGCCAUACCCACGCCCACGCCCAUGCCAACGCCCACGCUAACGCCCAACACCAAACAUCUUUCCUCUCAUCGCUCAAGCCGUGGAAGACACGCAGAUAUGAAGAUCUAUCCGGCUGCUCAGAAAAUGGGAGCGAGUGUCAAGAUAAUAAAACAGGAAAUCAAACUUCCAUAUGGCUGCGUCUCCUACCUCGCAACGCACCGUGGUGGCCGCGCACCAAGCUUAUCCUGCUCAUUAUUGCUGGAAUUUUGCCUUGGGUUUUCCUAGCAAUUUAUUUGGUAUAUACAUUUAAGGUAAAAAGCCAUGACAAGAAUCCAUGAGCACUAAAAGAUUAAGAAUAAAUGCUCUUUACCCAGCUCAUGCCGAUGAAAGUCAUGCAGUCUAGCGUCACAAUGAAAGUCACAAUGUGCCACCGUGUGGACUAAGCAUGCAGGUUGUGGGGGUUCAGUGUGGUAUAUUUUGUCUACAUGUCUUCAUGCACACAUACAUCCAUAUUCAAAUUUAUAGUCUCAUGCAUUCCAUUAUGUACAGUAAUUUGGUAUACAGUAUUUUCCUAUUGCCAGAACUGUGAUUAGUACUGUACUUACGUUUCAUUAUAUUUUGCUCAUCUAGGAAUUAAAUUGUCAAGUUGUCACAAACGAUGAUUGAUUGAUAAAGAUUAAGCCACCCAAGAGGUGGCAUGAGCAUGAAUAGCCCGUAAGGUUAACAAACAUAAAAUGUGAUUUAUAAUACUAUAGCAUAUUUUAUUAAUAAAUAAUAAAUAACAAAAUCUGUGAUAUAUACACUUCAACAUAAAUAUAUUGUUGCCAAUAUUUGGCAUACAUUUACUGUAGAGUAUAUCCCAUACAAUACUUAAGCUCAGCUGACGUCAAACAAAUAAUUUUCCAUUUAACACAAAUUUACAAAUCAAUAUACUGUUGUCUGUGUUGUUAUUUUAAAGCAACAGUAUGUGGAGCAUAACACCUCUGAAUGUCGCGUCUUUCUGUUCAAACAUUUGGUUCGUCAAUGAGUGAUUUUUCUCGCACAAUUUUUCCAGCUCUUAAACCAGUACAAAUUGACAGAGUACAGUAUACUGUACUGAGAAAAUAUUUACUGAAAGCUGACAAACAGAAUCCACACUCAGCUUUAUACAAUAUCAUGCUCCAGAUGUAAAAUGGAAGUUUCAAGAUUCCCUUCCUCUUCCUAACCCAAACUACAGUAUAUGCUAUGUGUAAAACAUACAUUCUAGUAGAAUAGACAGUAUUAUAUCUAAUAUAUAUAGCAUCAAUGCCUUAAACCUUUCUGAGGGGCUAUCCAUCAGGUGAUGGGCACAGUAGAAAUUUCUCAACAAGAUUCUGUUAUCACACUUUUCACUAUUUCAUGCACUCUAAACUCCUUUCCCUCAUCCUUUCUUUAAUAUAUUAUUCCACGCUUCUUUUCCCUGGGCAAAUCUGGGCACAUGAUGUUGAUGUGACAAUGAAAUGUUGAAAACAUUCGACCACCACUCUUAACGUAAAAACUUGUUCUGUCAACCCUACCCCUAUCCUAAAUGCUUCAUUGCCUUUUCUAUCCUCAUUCAAUUAUUUCUAAUUAUCUCAAUUUGCAUCCUUGCAUACACUUUUUUCUUUGAUACUAAGUAAAGUAUUUCCCUAUAAUUCACACAUUCUUCCCUACUACCCUUUCCCUUAUAGGAACCAUAAUGCACCAUGAAUAUGGAAUGUACAAGUGUUGGAAAGUUAUCAUGCCUUCAAAAUGUCAAGAAACAAUUGUUGUACUGGUACAUAAUAUAGGAACAAGUCAUUAAAAUGCUGACAAAGUUUAAAGUAUUUGAAACUUCAGUACAGUAUUAUGAUUUAUGACUGUUGAUGUAAUUGUUAUUUUAUUCUUAAGAUAUUUCUAUAAUUUACUAGACUGGAUUUUGCAGCUAAUUGUAUAGCAGAAUGAUAGAUGGUGUUAUGACACAAUUGUAUUCCUAAGAGACUUCCUUAUACCAGAGUCUGUAGCAUAGUGUACAGAGUAAAUACUGUAUGUAUUACUUUUUGUGCAUGGAAUUUGACUACAAUACAUUUUACAAUAUUUUUCUACACUAUCAUGAGAUAAAUGAUUUAUUCAUAGCAUGUCCAUCAAUUAAUAUUUUAAAAUAUAAUGUUUAAUUAUAUUUUAAUAAAGAUUUUGAAUGAAUGGCUUGGAACAAAAAAUAAAGUAUUUCUAUAUUUCCCUUCAAA